AUGGAACUCUUACCUGAAGGACAAAAGAACAAUACGGAAGUGAACUGGGAAGAUCAGCAGAAAAUUAACAAUUUCUCUACGCUCAUAGCGAGAAAGGACAGACUUUCAGAGGAGUUGAAAGGAUACAGGACGGAAAAAGAAUAUUUGGACGAUCUCUCGAUGGAAAUUGAACUUCUUGACGAAGACGAAAAGGUAAACUAUAAAAUUGGUGAUGCAUUUAUACUACUGAAACAAGAAGAAGCUGUGGAAAAGCUCCAGCAAGAGAACGACCAUUUGGACAAUGAAAUAUCUAGACUAGAGUCGUUGGUAGAAGAUCUUGACGGUAAAUUAGCAGUGUUGAAAAAACAACUUUACGCAAAGUUCGGAACUGCUAUCAACUUGGAGCGUUAA